CUGCGGCCGCUCACGGUGAGGCCUGGCCGGGCGAGGGCCUGAGGGCGGCGGGGCCAGAGGCUGCAGUGGUGACGGAGCCUGGGGCAGGGAAGUGGGUCUUGGGGGUGCUCGGGCUCCGGUUUCUCCUGCUCCCUGAGCCGCCUUCUCUGGGCCCGGCCGCUCCCCCCCGCGGUGUGAGGGGGGAGCUGCUGCAGGGCCCGAGUACCCACGUCCCCCGGCCGGACCCCAUUCCCCCUGCGCCCGGUGCGGGCCGGGCCUUGGCUUGCGAGCCUUGGGUGGGGACGGGCCAGCGGCCUGUGCCCCCGCCCGCCCCCCCCGGCGGCACUUGCGUGCGGCGGGCCUUGGGGAGCCCGCCUUGCCCCACCUGCGGGGACCGGAGCUCGGGCUCUCCCUGUCGGAACUCGGAGUGGCAGGGUCUGGGCAGUUAACCGGGCUGGGACGGGCCGAGUCCCUGCCCCGAGGAGCUCCCGGCCGCAAGUACCUGUGGCCUGUACAGCAGCUCUCCCCGGGGUAUCUUCGCUCUCGCGCCUCUGUAGGGUAGCCCCUGCCCCCAGCGAUUUCUGACAGGGAGAUGACCCCUCUCAGCCCCACUUAGGGACUUACACUGGGUCCCUCCCUACCGUGAAGUAUAAACUAUGAGGGCCUCUUGAAACACCAGCACCACUUAUGGAGUGCAGGGACUGCAGCGCUGGCAGGCGUUUCUGAGCACUGCCUUGAAAACUGUUUUACAGACCUAGUAAAGUUAUGGAGCUGAAGAAGAGGGAUUUUGAAGAUGUCUGGGAUCGCCCUCAGCAGACUUGCACAGGAGAGGAAAGCUUGGAGAAAAGACCAUCCAUUUGGAUUUGUAGCAGUACCUACAAAAAAUCCAGAUGGCACGAUGAAUCUCAUGAAUUGGGAAUGUGCUAUUCCAGGAAAGAAAGGGACACCAUGGGAAGGAGGCUUAUUUAAACUACGGAUGCUUUUCAAGGAUGACUAUCCCUCCUCACCCCCAAAAUGUAAAUUUGAACCACCAUUAUUCCACCCAAAUGUGUAUCCUUCAGGCACAGUGUGCCUCUCCAUCUUAGAGGAGGAUAAGGAUUGGAGGCCAGCAAUCACAAUUAAACAGAUCUUGUUAGGAAUACAAGAACUUCUAAAUGAACCAAAUAUUCAAGACCCAGCUCAAGCAGAGGCUUACACAAUUUACUGCCAAAACAGAGUGGAAUAUGAAAAGAGGGUUCGAGCACAAGCCAAGAAGUUUGCGCCAUCAUAAGCACCUGUCAUACAGCAUCUUAAAAAGGAAGGGAUUGGUUUGGCAAGAACUUGUUUACAAAAUUUUUGCAAAAUCUAAUGUUGCUAUGUACAAUUAAUAUUCACUUAGGGGAGGGGGUCGUAUGUGUGCCAUUUUCCAUAUUCGCCACUUGUAUACAGUUCUGAAUUCGCUGAAUUGCCCCCAGUUUUUUCAUACAGGGUCUCUUCCUUCAGUCUUUUGUAUUUUUGAUUGUUAUGUAAAACUUGCUUUUAUUUUAAUAUUGAUGUCAGUAUUUCAACUGCUGUAAAAUUAUAAACUUUUAUACUUCUAUAAAUUCACUAGUAUCUCUAGUUACUUUGCUAUCUGAUGCAGGCAUGCUUUAAAAUGUUUAGAACUAUAUUUAGACUCUAGCUGGCUGUAUGAAAAAAUCAUACCCUCCACCCCCUUCCCUCCCCUUAAUUUGUUUUUCUAUCUUUCAGAAACUAGGUUGUUAUUGCUUAAGAGCCUCAGAGAUCCAAAGUCAGCCAGCAUCUUGAUUCUGCAUCACUUCCUUUUGUGUUUAUAUGGCGUUUUGUCUGUGUUGCUGUUUAGAGUAAAUAAACUGUUUAUAUAAA